AUGAAAAAAAAGUAUUUUGAAAUAGGAGCUUUUUGAUAAGGGUUAGGCGUUCUUGGACUAGCGUGCAUUACGAGACCUUAUCAUUGCAAUAAAGGGUAAUGAAAUGAAGUCGAUUCAGCUGGUGUCGGUUGCUCACGUUACUAAUCUGAGGUUCUAAAAUUUCAUGCGCUAUGCACGCUAAAGCAAUGUAUGGAUAUAUGCGAUUAACGUCAUUCAAAUGGUUUGGACACAACGCGCCACUCACGCAGAAUAUCGCUUAUUAGCUCACGUUUUGUCAAGCAAACAGGCAGAACCUUGUAGGUGAGCACCCCAAUUAAACGCACAACUGUCAGGCGGGUUGUUUGCUGUCACGGCUAAUGACAUGUCUAUUGUAUUCUGUGACGGCCCGCCCUCAAGAUUAACUGUGCGCCAAUUAUGAAAUGUGCUAAACCAAUCAGCAUUCAAGUCACUAACCCAAGUAGAGACCGCAAAACGCUUGAGCCGGAGCUGACGAGAUUUAAAGAUUGUCUGUUAGUAAGCUAUGAAGGCCAAAUGACUGCGGCCUCCGAUAAACUGAAUAAGCCUGUAGUUACACAUGAUUUAAUCCCUCUGGUUAGGAUGAAGGGAUGGCGUUCUUUUCGAACCUUUUAUGGGUUUUACUACUCGUUGUAACAGAGUCACCUCUCCGGAGUCAUAAUGCAGCACUGGACCGAAUACCUUCCACAAGAUCUUGCACGAAUUACGCGCUUCAAGAGAACCUCAACUCGUUUUUAUGGUUAGUGAAACGAAACCCACCAGCUUACUUCUUCGGUACAAUCCAUGUACCUUACACUAGAGUAUGGGACUUCAUUCCUUCAAACAGCAAAGCAGCCUUCAAGACAAGUCAAUACGUAUAUUUUGAACUUGAUUUGACCAGCAAACCUACAGUUAACGCACUUUGGAAAUGUCAAAUGUUACCCAAGGGAGGACUUCUCAAGGACGUGUUACCUCGGAGUAUGUAUCGACGCCUACACAGGCAUUUGAGAUACAUAAAGAAAAUGAUCCCUAUGUGGUUGAAAGACAAUGAUGGAGAAUAUUACCAAGGAAUGGCGCCUUAUGCCGACAAAAUAUUCCAGCUUCUGACUAAAGACUGGCAGAAAAAGCGACCGAUAUGGAUCAUGCUUAUGGUAAAUUCUCUGACCGAAAGUGAUAUUAAAAAUCGAGGAAUACCAGUUUUGGAUCAGUAUCUUGCCUCGGAAGCUGCCAGAAAUGAGAAAUUCACGGGAGCUGUGGAGGAAGUGGAGGAACAGUGCCAGCCACUUAACUCACUAAAUGAUACACAGGUGGUCUUUGCUUUAAACCAAACACUUAACUUUCAAGAAAAGCUGCGGGUUGGCAAAGCCCACGUAGCUUAUACUACAGACGAUCUCAUAGAUCAUUAUAACUGCGGAGAUCUUACCUCCGUUCUUUUCUCGACUCAGUCAACGCGACUGCCAAGUAUAUCUUCCAACUUCUCACUAAGGCAAUUAGAGUUGAAGAGGACGCAAGAGAUUGAUCAAUAUUUCAGAAAGGAGCUCAUUUUCAAAAGGAAUGAGCGCAUGGCAAAAAGAGUAAUCGAACUUUUAAACAAGUAUCCUGAACGCAAUUUCUUUUUUGCGUUUGGUGCUGGGCAUUUUCUUGGAAAUCACAGUGUCAUAGGUAUUAUGAAACGCGAAGGGUUUGCAGUAGAGCACAUGGCACCUGGCCAAAAGCUACCAACUUACAAGGCACUCCGUAUUACAAAUCCUCUAACAAGGAAAAAAAUAAGGCGCAGAAAAUGUCGAAAGAGGCACAGAAGAAGAUGUUCGGGAAGAAGGAGGAAAAGGCCAGAUUUCAGUCGUGUGAAGCUGGUGCUCAAAGUUACGAAAACACCAGUAGAAAAACGUGAAAAUAUAACUGAGAGUGUAAGAGAGGAUCUCAGCAACGAUGCAUCACCUAUCAUGACGUCAGCGGCAGCGCCUGUUACCGUAUGUAGCACAGGAUUGCUACUCUUACACGCACUAACACUAUGGCUGCUUGGGUGUAACCUAACAAGAAACGUCCUCUGAAAGCGCUUAAAAGUCUGAAAACUCUUUAAAUGAGUUCAGGAGACUAAAUGGAUCAGUGCGGCAAAUUGCCAUCUUCAAGUCUGAGCCUCGACAGAGUGAGACAAGGGAAAUAGAAUACAAGGCUCACUGGAACAGCUGCCAGCGGACAAUCUCAUAUAUACGUACAAAUGAACAUACUAUUGUGAACUGCAGAGUGAGAAAUGUGAUAGAGAAAGUACAAAUGACCAGGAAAAUACAAAUAACUAUAAUAAUACAGUUUCAAUAGUUCAACGUGCCGCAUUGUAACCUCUUCUUUGUGUUCACAUUAUAGACGAAGGCUCAUUAAUUUCCUCAAUCUUACACACGGUCAUAACGUCACCAUUAUUGAAUAACAUCUGAAUUUCUUUCAAUUUAAGUGUGAACCAUUUAUUGUGUCGACUACCCCGUUAUUCAGGGAUUACCUCUUUGGUAAAAGUAAGAUGGUUUCUCAAAGUUCACUGAACCCUGUUCUCUAAAAACUGGGUUGUGAGGAAGACGAUCCCUCUCUGUCUAUAACUCUCUUUUCACCCGUUCCGUCGGAUGUAAAGCAGAGUUGUAAAAAGAAAAGACUUCGACUAAAUGUGCGUCUGCUGCUUGACCUUUGAAAUGUAUAGUUACCAAUGUUUUUUUGCAUUGCCCUCUUCUCAUCGUGAAAGCAAUUAAAUUAAUUGAUUUGCGUUCUGAGAGUAAACGAACGGUGUAUUUUAAAAGAAAUUGUUAGCCAUUUAACUAAAAAGUUUAUCAAACUGUGGAGCUUAAGUUUUUGCCCUCGGCUCAAAUGAUGGCACUUUCCACAGGCAUGUGGGCAUUAAUUCAGCAGUUUUCCAUCAACUAAGGCAAUUAAAUCGUAAUUACGGUUGAGUCUCUCUCCACAUGUACAGGUGUAUGUGUAUUAAGUACAUCAAUGAAAGUAGUUUGUCAAACUUUAGAUCAUAGCGAGAUAUUUAUACAUAUAUUUUUUAAUAAAUUGUGAUUAUAGCA